GAUUGUGACAGUAUAAAACGAACAUCACAUACGACCAGAAUAUCUUUUUAUAGACUUUAGUAGUUUAUUUAGUUGUUGUUAGGUUUACUUAAGAGCGUUAGCUGAAAUGUUUUAGCUAACGUUAGCUAAGAAACGCUGAGUAACCUUACAAUACCUGGACGCCAGCAGUUUUGGUGACACAGCAUCCCGGAAGUUUACUCAUGUCAGGUUGUGACCUGGUUGUGACAGGGAAUAUUUGCAGAUCCCCCAUCGCUGAAGCAGUCUUUAGGAAGAUGGCAACAGAUGCUGGUGUUGUUGAUAAGUGGAGGAUAGACAGUGCUGCCACCUCCACCUAUGAGAUAGGAAACCCUCCAGACCACCGUGGUCAAGCCUGCAUGAAGGGACAUGGCGUGCCCAUGAAGCACGUGGCCAGGCAGUGGGUCAUAGACAGUGGUGCCACAUCUGACUGGAAUAUAGACAGCUCACCGGAUGCCCGUGGUCUGGCCUGCCUAAGGAAGCAUGGCAUUGAGACGAGCCACAGGGCCCGACAGGUAACCAAGGAUGAUUUCAUGAGCUUUGACUACAUUCUCUGCAUGGAUGAGAACAAUUUAAGUGAGUUGAACAGGAAAGCCAAACUUGUGAAAAACCACCAUUCAAAGAUUGAGCUUCUUGGUUCAUAUGACCCACAGAAGCAGCUCAUCAUCGAAGACCCGUAUUAUGGGUGUGACAAAGACUUUGAAAAGGUGUACGAACAGUGUGUACGUUGCUGCAAAGCAUUCCUGGAGAUGAACUCUUAACAACAUCUGAUGUUAAACAAUCUUUGCUGAAAUGUUUGGAUUACCAUGAAAAAUGUACCAAAAAUGCUUUGAGUGUUUCACACUAGCACUCCUCACUAUAACCCUCUUGUUGAUGUCACUAGAAGAAAGUCACUAGACCAGGAAACAUUUGUUUCAGUGUGGUAAAUGUUCUACAAACCACACAUUGUGUACAUUUAGAAAGAUGCUGCGUGGACAAGUUUGUAGACUGUAAAUCCAAGUGAUUAAUAAAAUAGAUAAAUGAG